AUGGAAGAAGAGAAGGAGGGAAGGACAGAAGAAGAGAAGGUGGUAGAGAGGGAGGAAAGCACACAAGAAGAAAAGGAGGCAGGAAAGGAGGUAGACAAGGAAGAAAAGGAUGGAGAAAUGGGGGAGGGAGAAAAAGAAACUCUCAAACGAAAGAGAAGUAGUGAAGCUGAGGAUGAUGUGGAGUGCCAUGAUGAAGGCCCAACCCUCCAGAAGCCUGUGACAGUGAAAACAGAGGCUGAAGGAGACGAGAGCGUGCUGGUGUUUGACGGCGCCGGUUAUCGCUGUCUGAUCUGUAACUGGAGGAGCAGCAAGAAGGGACCGGGCAUCAACCAUGUGGUCCGCAAGCAUGACAUCCCCAGAGCCUACGCCCACCAGUCCCUCCGCCAGCACCUAGACUCCACCCUGAAACAGUCGCAGGGCAGCGGCGGCGCUGAGGAGGAGGAGGGGGCGGCCGGGCUGACUGGAGAGAUGCUGAAAGAGGAGAUGGAGGUGGUCUCCAAAGUGGUUCGCUUCAUCGCAAGCCGCUUCGUGUGUUUGAUCUGUGGCUGGAAGACCAAACUAAAAGGUUUUGCCAUCAGUCAUGUUGAGCGCAGCCACGACGUGGAGCGUCCGUACAGCUGUAAGAUCUGUAAACUCGCGUUUUUCCUGCCCAGCCGGAUGCAGCAGCACGUCAGCACCGCCCACCGGCCCGGACGCUACGCCUGCCCCUUCUGCUGCUUCAGGUCCGAGUACCUGGGAGGCUUCAGGAGGCACUGCAGCCGCUGUAACGCUCGGGAGGAGGGAGAGGAGGACGGAGGAGGGGAGGAAGGGGAGGAGGGGAACGAGGAGGAUGAGGUGGAGGAGGUGAAGGAGACGAGGAGGAAGAGGAGGAGAGUGGUAAAGGUGAUGAAGGAGGAGGACACUGAGGACGAGGAUGAGGAGGACGACUGAAGAAGUGUGGUUCUGUUUGUACUGGGUCGGUUUUUUAUUUAAAAAAAUAGUUUGACUGUUAGACACUGCAACGGUUUCUGUGGUAAAUCAGUGUUAAAGUUUAGAAUUUCAAACUCAUGCGUGACUGUUCUGUCCAACCAAAUCAUCAAUAAAAACAUCCUUUCUUAA